AUGAACUUAUUGCCAAGUGGAAUAUGUUUUUAUUUUUCUGUGGCAAUCUGCUGGCUGAUGGCCGAGGUCGAUGCGUCCUGGUGGUACAUGGGCUCCCUGGGCUCCCAGGUGAUGUGCGACAACAUCCCUGGUCUGGUGAACAAACAGCGCCAGCUGUGCCGCCAGCACCCCAAAGUGAUGCAGGCCAUCGGGGCUGGGAUGAAGGACUGGAUCUCAGAGUGCCAGCACCAGUUCCGCAACCACCGCUGGAACUGCAACACCACGGCCAGAGACCACAACCUGUUCGGACGCCUGCUGCUACGCAGCAGUCGCGAGGUGGCCUUCAUGUACGCCAUCUCCUCGGCCGGCGUGGUUUACACGUUGGCUCGAGCCUGCAGCCAAGGCGACCUGGACUCCUGCUCCUGCGAUCCCACAAAGAAAGGCUCGUCAAGGGACGCCAAGGGCUCUUUUAACUGGGGCGGCUGCAGCGACCACGUGGAGCACGCCAUGCGCUUCAGCCAGGGCUUUGUGGAUGCCAAGGAGAGGAAGGAGAGGGACGCCCGGGCGCUCAUGAACUUACACAACAACAGAGCCGGCAGGAAGGCGGUGAAGCGUUUCAUGACUCUGGAGUGUAAAUGUCACGGCGUCAGCGGGUCGUGCAGCAUCCGGACCUGCUGGCUGGCCAUGUCAGACUUCAGACGCACUGGCGACCACCUUCGCAAGAGGUAUAACGGCGCUGUCCAGGUGGUCGUCAACCAGUACGGCACCGGGUUCACCGCAGCACACACACACUUCAAACGACCCAGCAAGAACGACCUGGUGUACUUUGAAGACUCACCGGACUACUGCAUACGGGACCACGAGUCAGGGUCGAUGGGGACGGGAGGACGUGUCUGUAACCGGACGUCUCGCGGCGUGGACGGCUGCGAGGUGAUGUGCUGCGGCCGAGGCUACGACACGUCACGGGUCAGCCGCACCACCAAGUGCGAGUGCAAGUUCCACUGGUGCUGCGCCGUGCACUGCCGAGACUGCCACCAGCAGGUCGACGUGCACACCUGUAAGGGCCAGACGUGACCUCGCCGCCUCCGAACACUACUGACCGUUACAAAACCCACUGCUCCUGCGCCGGGCUGCGGACUUCCUUUAAGUGACGAUCAAAAGGAUCCUCUGGCUCUGUGACUGAAGCUGUGAGGCCUCAGUGUUUCUGCCCCUCCCAAACAUCACCUGUCAGUCACACAGUCUGUAGCUCUGCUGAAGUUUCCUCUGAGCCUCCAGAAAAUAAAAGCUUUCAUCACCAAAAAGAAAAUAUCACUCAGCAUAAACUAGUUCAUACGAUACUCCGCAGAGAAACCUGGUUUUCAGAGGCCGACUGGUUCAAUCAGAGUUUAAACAAGUUCAGCUUUAAUCUUUAAUCCACUUUCAGUUCCAGAGACUCUGGUGAGGCCGAGACGCUUCUAACAGAAAUAAUCUGCUGGAUCAAGUUUAGACGGUUUGGAGGUAAACGACCGACCCGAGGACUGAACCCCAACACACUGAGUGUAUAUCUUAACUUAUAUAAUCUACUGUAGUGAUGUCAGUGAUCUCAGCAGGAGAUCCUCUGUGGACUCUGAGAGGUUCAGACUUCUUCCAACAAUUUAAUCCAAAGCAGAAGUUAAACUCAGAUGGUUUUGAUUUAGUGGCAUCUCUCAUGUCUAUCAGAGACUGGUUUAUCACAGAAACAUCACUGCAGGUCGAUGUUUUUCUCCUGUAUGUGUUUAAUUUUAGGAUUUAAUCUGAACUCUCCACCAAAGAACAUCAGGAUGUUUCUGUCAUGUCGGAGGCUUUUCUAUCAGAAAGUGUUGAGAGUGACGAUCCUGAGACGCUCAGUUACACAACAUCAAAACUCUGAAUCUAUACGAAUCACAAAGGUGCUGAUUUUUUUCAGCCAAACGGCGACGAGUUGGCAGUCGUGUUUGUUCUUUACUGUUUGCUGGAUUGAGGGUUUGUGUUCAGCUCUGAGUGAUUCAGUGAGUGUGUUCACGUGCACAGUAACAGCACAGAUUUCACAGAUGUUCUACUUUAACAUCUUGUUGAAGUGUCUACAAAUUUAGAUUUAUAAUCACUGAACAAUAAAGAGGCUUUUAACUGAAACUAGGGCUAAAAAUCUGGAACUGUAAUCAAUAAAAAAAUAAUUUCUUUGUUAAUCAUUAAACACCAUCUGGAGCAGGGCUCAGCGACCUUUACUAUCAAAAGAGUCUGAACCUGACGAAUACACACAGCUUCUUAUUUUCCGGUGAUCAUACACUUAAGAAAACAUUAUUAUAUUUUACUCCAUAUCUGCACAUAUAUCUCCCUGAAUCCUUCACACUGUCUGGACCUUUAAGUUGUAAAAUUCACCACCUUCAGGUAAUAAAACUGAAGCAGAUGUAGGUGGUGACAUCAACAUAUCUACAUCUGUUACAAGUGCACUAUGCAGGAAUUUUCAGUUACGGUUUAUAAACAGUGUCACCAGUGAAAGCGUGUACACUUCACUAUAUUUAGUAUUUUUCAGUGCUGUUUCCGUCAUUUUUUUUAGCUUCCUCUUGUAUGUGUGCUGCGUAUGAUCUGUCACUUGGUCGCUACCUUUUUAUAAAGUCCUGCUCUCACCUGAGCGCUGCGCCCAGGAAACAUAAGAAUCCAGGCAAAGGGCGGAGUCUCUGCAGAUAAAUACACCACCGCACACUGAGGGUGGGUCGUCACCAGGCCCAAACAGAAUCAAAAAGAACUACUGAGAUUUUAGUAGAAACUUUGAAUCAGAAAUUUGAUGUAAUUCUUCUGGAGAAACUCCCACAAACUGUGCGACACAUGGCCGUUAAAUUUGAAGCUUCAAUACGGAGCAGAGAGAACAGAAAUUAAUUUGUCUAUUAACAGUAAAUCUUAUUUGUGACAUUUCUUCUCACUACACCACUGACUCUGAUUUUAACACUAACUGAAUACAACACGACUGUCACACACGUGCACGAGGAGGUGGAGGAGACUGUGAUGACUUCCUGAGUUUGACAAGCAGCAGCUAUAUUCAGAAAAUCUGUGGGAGCAGAUUCUGUUUGGGCCUCAUCAUUAGUGAUGACUGAGAUGGAUGACUUCUGUACGAGUUUACCUGUAUCCUUUCAUACCUGUGCUGUCGGUCGUGCAGGUCUGAAACUGUGGCUCUGCAGUUGGAUGACAUCGUCUUGACUCAUCUUCAGUCCACGUGUCUUCGUAUUUGUCACUGUUAAAAGCCUCUGAAUCAAUGAACACAGUGAAGGAUGCAAGCUUCACAUUUUAGGACAGACUUUGCAAAUCUAUUAAUAAAUGCUGUCACAUAAAGCUCUGUGCACGUAAACACACUCAGAUUCACUGGUAAUUAAAGCCCCAAAAUCAGCUCACACACACACUCGUUAGAUCUGAAGCCUGAAAACACUCUGUAACAACCGUAAUGUCCUGUUUCAUCCAAAGGUGAAUCAUCUGUUUCUUUUCUUAGUUCACUGUAUUUAUUUCCUCUUUUAACGUGUAAAAAUGUCUCAAGUGUGUCCGCUGAGAUUUAAAAAACACAUCUCACCUGUACAGCUGCUCUCUCCACAACAAAUGACUCACACACUGCUUCUAUAUGUAAACACAAAAAGCCUGAACUUCACUUCCUGUUUGUUUCAACACAGUUAAACUGGUCAGUUGUUUGUUUAUGUAAAUAUGUGGUUGUGUAAAUUAAAAUCAGAUGUAUAGAGUAUGAAACAUUAUCAGUAACCAGUAGGCACAUUUUAUCUCAGUUACACACUUUACUUCCUGCUGCUGUGCACGCCAAAAUCACAGGACUCGCUCUCACUGUGUGAAGCUACUGAGGUUGAAGAAUGUGGUCACGAUGCUACAGAGAUUUCCAACAAAACAAAAACCCCAACAAUCUGUGUGUUGUUUGAGUUUCCUGUUGGACAUUAGUAUGCUCAUAGAUCUUGGCAAUUUCUUCUUCUUAAGACGCCUUUAAAGGACCAAACAAGUGUGUUUUAACCCUUUACCUACAAAUCGUGUGUAGUGUAUUUAGAGUAACGUCUGUAUUGUGUAAUUUGGAGCUAUUUCACCGUGUUUUUCUGUCAAAGUGACAAAUGGGAACAACAGUUUGUGAAGCCAGUAUUGAGCAAGAACGCUGCAGCUGAGAGCUGUGAGCCAGGCUGCAGUGUAACCACUCAAGACAUGUUCACACUGUCAGUGUACGUCCACUCAAAGGGUUUUUGUCACUGACAGGCUCCAGUCAUUAUCUAAGUGUCUGACAACAUUA